AUGUGCUGGUGGAACAAAGCAGCUGUUGCUAAACUCCUCUGGGCUAUAACUUAUAAGAAGGAUAGACUUUGGUGUAAAUGGGUUCAUGCUUACUACAUAAAGGGGAGGGAUGUUGGGAGCACUCAAUGGCCUGUUAACAUGUCUUGGCCUUUGAGGAAAAUUCUGAACUCUCAGAGUUUAAUAGAUAGCAUUGGAGGGUGGAGUGCAGUGAGUAAGGGAGGUGUCUUUUCCACUCAAAUCAUGUAUCAUCUGCUGAUGGGGCCAUGUGAUAAAGUCAGCUGGAGGAGAGUCAUUUUCCAUAAUAAAGCUUCCCCAAAAAGUAUUUUUGUCUCUUGGCUUGCUGUUUUGGGAAGAUUGCCUACACUGGAUAGACUUCUCAAGUGGAAAAUUGUGGACUCUAAUGUGUGUCCUUUAUGUUCUUGUAUGCCAGAGUCUACUCAACAUCUGUUUUUUGAGUGUAGCUACUCUGCUGCUAUCUGGUCUUCAGUUCUUGCUUGUUUACAGUUUCACAGACCUGUUUCUCAGCUUGAUAAUGAAGUGGUGUUGAUGACAAGAGCUGCCAAAAGAACUGGUGACAGAUUCAAGUUGCUUCUGAUGUUCUUUGCUGAAUGUCUUUAUGGAAUAUGGCUGCAAAGAAAUGCAAAAGUCUACACUCAUUCCUGCAGAAGUCCCCUUGAUCUGCUUAGAGAUAUCAAAUAUCGAGUGGCCUGUAGAGCCACUGAUCAGCAAAGAAACUUGCUCUUGAUGUAA